GGACAGCGGAGGCGGAAGCGGCAGCCGGGGGCGGGGCGGGGAAGGGGCUGGCCCCGGAAGGAGGAGGAAAUCCUGAAAAGAAAACAGCAACAAGCUGAGCUGCUUUGACAGAGGGAAACAAAAUGGCGGUGCCGAGAGGGAGCCUCCGGGUCAGGGCCCAGCUGGGGCUUCCGCCGCUGCUGCUGCUGACCGUGGCCCUGGCCGGAGGCUCGGGGACCGCCUCGGCCGAAGCGUUUGACUCGGUGUUGGGGGAUACGGCGUCUUGCCACCGGGCCUGUCAGUUGACCUACCCCUUGCACACCUACCCGAAGGAAGAGGAGUUGUACGCAUGUCAGAGAGGUUGCAGGCUGUUUUCAAUUUGUCAGUUUGUGGAUGAUGGAAUUGAUUUAAAUCGGACCAAAUUGGAAUGCGAAUCUGCAUGUACAGAAGCAUAUUCCCAAUCUGAUGAGCAAUAUGCUUGCCAUCUUGGUUGCCAGAAUCAGCUGCCAUUUGCUGAAUUGAGACAAGAACAACUCAUGUCUCUGAUGCCAAAAAUGCAUCUACUCUUCCCUCUAACUCUGGUACGGUCAUUCUGGAGUGGCAUGAUGGACUCUGCACAGAGCUUCAUAACCUCUUCAUGGACUUUUUAUCUUCAAGCUGAUGAUGGAAAAUUAGUUAUAUUCCAGUCUAAGCCAGAAAUCCAGUAUGCAUCACAGUUGGAACAGGAGCCUACAAAUUUGAAAGAAUCAUCGCUAAGCAAAAUGUCCUAUCUACAAAUGAGAAGUUCACAAGCACACAGGAACUUUCUUGAAGAUGGAGAAAGUGAUGGCUUUUUAAGAUGCCUCUCUCUUAACUCUGGGUGGAUUUUAACCACAACUCUUGUCCUCUCGGUGAUGGUAUUGCUUUGGAUUUGUUGUGCAACUGUUGCUACAGCUGUGGAGCAGUAUGUUCCCUCUGAGAAGCUGAGUAUCUAUGGCGACUUGGAAUUUGUGAAUGAACAAAAACUAAACAGAUAUCCAGCUGCUUCUCUUGUGGUUGUUAGAUCUCAAGUGGAAGAUCAUGAAGAAGCAGGGCCUCUACCCACAAAAGAUUGACUUGCUCAUUCAGAAAUUUAAACUUUUUCUUUUUUUUUUAUUAAGAAAAGUGUCAUGGCUAUCUAAAUAUUCAUUUCUCAUAGAGCUUUUAAAAUUGGUUUCAUUGGAUAUAGGGCUUAAAAAUCACUCUAAAAUGAAAAUAAAUUUACCCAAAUCUGAGAAGACUAUAUUUGCUGUAAUUUUUUUCUAGUAAUUUAAGAGAUGGAUAUUUGGGAUUGUAUUAUUAUUUUAAUAUCUGUAGCUUCUUUAUUAUUUGCAUUGUUUUUGUUUUCCUAUUUAGCCACAUUCUAUGAGCUGAUCAUUGUUUUUCCCCACCUCUCACCAUGAUACCAUCAAUCAUUUUAGUGAUUAAACUGAAUAUUCAGUAGGAUAUGAUGCUUCUGCUCAGAAAUGGCCCACAACCUGUGAUUUGAAAUUUAGCAGGAAGUGCCCUUACACUACAUUUUCAGUUGUAUUGACCUGAAAUCAUUAAAAUUUUAUUUGAAUAA